AUGGAUUCAGAGCUAUCAACAGUGUUCUUCCUGCUGAUAGUUUUCGCAGCGUGUUGUUGCUCUUCCUCGAGCGCCACCCACCAUGACCCCUCGGUCGUCGGGUACUCGCAGGAGGACGUCGCGCUGCCGAGCAGGAUCCUCGACCUCUUCAGCUCGUGGUCGGUGAAGCACAGCAGGGUGUACGUGACCCCGAAGGAGAAGGUGCGGAGGUACGAGGUGUUCCGGCAGAACCUGAAGCACAUCGUGGAGACCAACAGGAGGAACGGGAGCUACUGGCUGGGCCUGAACCAGUUCGCCGACGUCGCCCACGAGGAGUUCAAGGCCGGCUACCUAGGGCUGAGCGCCGGCGGGCGGCCGCGCGCUCCGACGACGGCGUUCCGGUACGAGGCCGCCGUGGACCUGACCCGGGAGGUGGACUGGAGGAAGAAGGGGGCGGUCACGCCGGUCAAGAACCAGGGGAAAUGCGGAAGCUGCUGGGCCUUCUCGACGGUGGCGGCGGUGGAAGGGAUAAACCAGAUCGUGACGGGCAAGCUGGAGUCGCUGUCGGAGCAGGAGCUGAUGGACUGCGACAGCACCUUCGACCACGGCUGCGGAGGGGGCCUCAUGGACUUCGCCUACGCCUACAUUGUGGGGAACCAGGGGAUCCACACCGACGCCGACUACCCCUACCUCAUGGAGGAGGGCGACUGCAAGGAGAAUCAGCCCCACUCCAAGGUCGUCACCAUAAGCGGCUACGAGGACGUGCCGGAGAACAGCGAGCUGAGCCUGCUCAAGGCGCUGGCGCACCAGCCCGUCAGCGUGGGCAUCGCCGCAGGGAGCAGAGACUUCCAGUUCUACAAAGGGGGGGUGUUUGAAGGAACCUGUGGCACUCAGCUGGACCACGCGCUGACGGCCGUCGGAUACGGCUCAUCCAACGGCCAGGACUACAUCAUCAUGAAGAACUCGUGGGGCGGGGGCUGGGGCGAGCAAGGCUACUUCAGGAUCAAGAGGGGCACCGGGAGGCCCGAGGGCGUCUGCGACAUCUACAGGAUCGCCUCUUACCCUACCAAGAACAACGGCACGGGCUGGGGGUGGGGGGCCUGA